UACAGCUACUCCCCAUCCCUGCACUUAUACAGGUGGUUCCGGGUCGUUGCAUCCCAUUCCCACCAGGUGUAAUCAUGAGUCAUACACCUGUUGUCAUCAUCAACUCUGAAGGCCAUAGGCCAACAGGUUUAUCAGGGAAACGAACUCUUAUUCCUGGAAGCCUGCCUACAGAAAUGAUGCCUUCCAAAUAUGUUGUCACUUUAAAACCUCCACCCGGGAAAGAUUGGCUCUCAAAAACUAAAGAGGAUGAGAAAAGCUUGAAGCCAUCCAGUAACUGUAAAAGGACGGACAAGCACUUGUUCCUUGGGAAGUAUAAAGGACAAGGUAAAAGGAAGAAGCUGCUGUUGGCACCAAUGGUUCAGCAAAGUGAGAGCGACUUUCCUAAAAUUUCCUUGACAAUAAAAAGAUUGGAAGAAAAUCCAGAUACUGAUGCAGCAUCAUCUGUACCCAGUGAACAAGCUCCAGUAUCAAAUCAGCAGUACAUGAUUGUUUCCAUGGAUGACUUGCUGAAACCAUUCUCCAAAACCUAUCCUGGCCUUAGCCAAGAACCAUUCAGUCUGCACAGAAAUGGAAAUAAUACAACUGCCAGCAGACAGCACCAGACGUGGACCACCACAUGUGGCCAACAGCCAACAGACUUUCAUUGUACCUCAGAAGUGAAACAAGAGGUCACCAAUGAUCAAGAAGAAGGUACUAAAUGCACUGAGCAGCUAGUGACUUGUACUGUGAAGAAAGAACCAGAAACAGAGCUUCUGUCAUCACACUGUUGUCCACAUCAGGGGAAAUCACGCAGUGAGGUAAGAUUACUUCAGCCAAAGUGUGAGCCACAAAGUUUAAGUACUUGGGGAUAUUCAGCGACAGACAGUCAAGAUCAUCACAUCAACAUGAUAAAUCCUGUUUGCAUAAAGAACGAACCUCAGGAUUUUGAGACAUUGUCACACACUGAGCCUGUGACAAAGAUUGGUAAUCAUAGCAAUGGGAUCAACACAAGAGCUGAGAUUUUAAAGCCUCAAAGUGAAAAAGUAUCUUUCUUGAAUUUGUUACACCCUGAUUCCAUUAAAAAAGAACCUGGAGACUUUGAGACAUCAUGGAAUGCAGAGAGAGCAACACUUACAACUUGCUGUAGUUUUGAAUGUAAAAUAGAAACGGAGAUUUAUCCUACAGGAUUGUAUCACAAUGUUCACUAUGCCAGUGACAAUGUGAACAAAGUUUCUUGUGCAGGUGAUCCUUCUGAGCAGUGUACAACCAUUUCUGCAUGAGAUCAAAGCAAAGGAUGAUGCAGACUUGUUAAAGCUCUUAAAAAUUAUUUUCAAACCAAUAACUAAGCUAUAUAGGCAAAAUCUGUAAAAUAUAUAUUGUUGAAAAAUAAAUGUACAUUAAAAAAUAAUGUGUUCUAGAA